AUGACUUUUCAAUCUCCAGGAAGCAAGUUGGCACUAAGUCAUAAACAUGAUUGGCUGAUUCUUCUGCUUCUUGCUGUUAUUGACGGACUCUUGAAUUUGAUAGAACCAUUCCAUCGCUAUGUUGGGGAAAACAUGAUGACAAAUCUUAUGUUCCCAUUCAAAAAAGAUACCAUACCCAUGUGGGGUGUUCCUAUCUACUCUAUUUUCAUCCCCAUUUUUAUCUUUAUUGCGUUUUACUUUGCCAGAAGGGAUAUGUAUGAUUUACACCAUGCAACAUUAGGUCUCUUGUUUUCUAGCUUAAUCACUGGAGUUAUCACAGAUUGCAUUAAAGAUGCUGUUGGUAGACCACGACCAAACUUCUUUCAACGGUGUUUCCCUGACAAAAUACCUGUGUAUGACAAAGACACUGGUGAUGUUCUUUGUACUGGGAUUAAGGCAGUUAUAAAGGAAGGAUACAAAAGUUUUCCAAGUGGGCAUACUUCAUGGUCCUUUGCUGGUCUUGGUUUCCUUUCAUGGUAUUUAUCAGGGAAAAUUAGAGUGUUUGAUCGAAGAGGCCAUAUUGGGAAACUAUGCCUAGUCUUGCUUCCUUUGCUCAUUGCUGCUCUUGUGGGAAUUACUCGAGUUGAUGAUUACUGGCAUCAUUGGACUGAUGUGUUUGCUGGAGGCAUCAUAGGACUUACAGUGUCUACAAUCUGCUAUUUGCUACUCUUUCCCCUGCCUACUCAACCACAUGGUACAUAUUCUUGUUGUUGA